UACUCUAAAUCUACUCUACUCCUGAGUAGAAAAAACGUAAAAACCCCGUAAAAAUCAUCAAAAACGUAGAAAAUCUCAACAAAAUUCAAAAAAGAAGUUGAAAAAAAAUAAAUUAAAAAUAGAAGAUAAAAAUAAUUAAAAAAUCGCAGGAAAGCCGUCAAAAAAUCGUCCAAAAAAACCGUCAAAAAGGACAAUCAAAACAACUUCAAAAAAUAACCUAAAAAAAAUCAUGCGCACCGUCACCUCCAUCAAACACCCCAUCCAAGCGUUCAUCCGCAUCAUCAUCGACAUGACGUCGCGACGCCGCCUCUCCCGCCUCCUCCUCCGCCUGCCCCCCGGCUGCUUCCCCCCCUACCGCAUACUCAUCACCCGUCUCGUCGUCGAAAACAACAGAAAAGCUAGAAUGAACCAAAAGCAUAGCCAAACCCUUUAUUCCUCUUCCUCAAACGAUGAUGAUGAUGAUGAUUACAAUGAUGAUGAUGAUUGGAUGGGGCAGGAACGAAAUCACGAGAUCAACACGAGCACGCCUUUACGAAGGAUCACCGCGGACGAUUUAAAGGCGGUGCGCCUGCGCAAAAGCGGAGUCGCCGAUGGGGCGGCGUCGCGACGCACCGAAGAGAUCGGCGAUUUGCUGGACGUGCUAAGGAAGCGUUUCGCCGUGAUGCAUUCGUCGGUGAUGAGCGACUACGGGAGCACCUGCGACGCUUCGAGUGUUUCGGUUGGUAAUACUGAGAGCGGUUGGUAGUAGUGGAGGUAGGGCAGUUGGUAGUACUGGUGUUUUUAAUUAUUUAUGUAACAAAUCUUGUAUUGAUUUUGAAGCCCCGUAAAAUCGGGUAUAGUCGUGCUAGAGAAGUAAAAUUUUUACAAGAGGUAACCUCAUGCGUUUACUUAUAGUGUGCAAAGUAGCAUCAUCGUCACUCAACUCCAAUGGGUCUACCGGGCUCUUUGAAAGGGUCGUGCUUUUGGGGAAAAUUCGACCUAACAUGAAAACUGCAUGGUCUAUUUCGAAGGAGUGGGUAGACCCUUUGGAAUUGAGGUGGGAUGGUUAUAUUCGGUAGACUUCGAGAGAACUUAUGAGGUAAUGCUUGGUGUAAAUUUAAAGUCUCUAGCUCGAUUGUAGGAAAUUAUACGGGACUUGGAAAAAUGUUUCCAAUUUUUACGAACAGUGUAGUUCUUUCCAGCUUUUUUAUAGUUGUAAUGUUGGCAAUAAAUUUAUAAUAUCAAGUUGGUAA